GUCUGGGACUACUUGAAGGCCCAGCUCCCCUUCAAGCCCAAGGACUUUAAGUGCUCGUUCGGGCGUUUCCUCUCGGUGGUGAAGAAGCCGAUGGGUCGACUGCCCGAGUGGAAACAGGACGCCUUCUGCAGGACCUACAUUGCGAUCGAGUGCGACUUCUUGGGGGGCGAGAAGUUCGGAGUCGAGAUUCGCGUGGCGGGGGCGCCAGCUGGGUCCGCUGGCGACCUUGCGCACACCCACCGAUCCGUCAUCGGCACGAUCGACAGGUCCGUUCGCGACAGCUGCGCUAACGCUGUGAGCCUGAGCGCGUUGAUGCUGUCCAACGAGAGCAACCGCAGGCUGCGCAGCUGCGUGCUCGCAGCCUGCCAGCCUCUCAAACUGCGGGAGGGGCGCGCCGACAAGGUCUACCGACCCGCGGCCGAAUGCAGGGACUGGGCCAUCGACCAGGCCACUGUUGGCUUCAUGGGCCACUUGAAUGCGAUGUUCACGGCGUUGAGGCCACCAGGCUUCGUUGCCGACGCUGGCUUCGUCACUGACGCAGUCCAGUCACUCGCUGGGGAGUUGGAGGUGGUGCUGGCCGUGGAGGCGGAGUUCGCGGACAUCGUCGGCAAGGCUGUGAGCUCGCUGGCGGGGUUGCGCGUGCGUAGAGGGCUCUGGUAUUUGCAUGGUUGGCCUCAAUCGGCUUGCGCCUUCCUCAAGGACCAGGCGUGGCAGGAUAAGACCACGGCGAGGUUCACGAGGGGCGAGGUCAAGGGCCGCCACCAGUUCAACGCGACGCCCGUCAAACAGCUCGUUCGAGCGCUCGAGGAGACAGGCCAUCGCGUGACAAGCGACGUGGAGAAGAAUAUCGAUGGCGUGGUCGGAGGCCCACUUCAGACCCAGCUGAUCGAGGAUAUCAGCGGGGUGCAGAAGAACAGGAAGAGGGCGAAGCACAGCGCCACCUUCAGGAAGCCAGAGGCCUGCUUCGCCGCCGCGCUCGAGAGCAACGCCGUUUCCGAUAAGCACAGGUCCGUCAAACAGAGGACCAGGAAGCUCCCGAGGGACACGUUCGAGCCGAAGGUCAAGGAUAGGAGCCUUCCAUUCGAUGAUAUCGUCAGCACGACCUCUACAACAGCGCGGCAUUACCUUUGCCGCAGUGACAACUGCGUCAAGGCCGCCGACCUCCAGAUGAUCGAAGACGCGAAGGACGCUGCGGGGUUGAUCCCAGUCGGGAUGCUCCAGAAGGCUUGGCAGGGCGUCUUGCUGGACGCGACGCACAAUCUCGUGGUGGGCAUCCAGAAGCGCGACGGCCCCGACAUGACGUAUUACUUGGCCUUGGUUUCGUUCGGGUCGUCCUCUUGCGCCGUGUGGCCGUUCAAGGCCAGCAGAAUUCCAGGACGCGAUGCGGAGUGGUUUGGCCUCGCCGAGGACUGCAAGAGCCCGACCUUGAUCGCGUUCUUCGACAUGACUACCGUGACUGCCUGCAGUAUCGAGUUGCUCCCUCCGCUGAACGUGCUCCGCAGGUUCCCGAAGGCCAGGGACUACUUCAAGAACUCCAUCGCCGUGCUCCCCAUCAGGAAGGGUUCCUGGGGGGAGUUGCCCAAGGUGGCAGCUCGUGCAGCGUUCUGGUCGUUGGGUAGGUCGACGUCGGACCAGAUCGCGGAGUUCGCGGGGGCUCCGAUCGAGAGAGGGUCGCCCUAA